CCCUCCCCGCUCCCCCGUUCCCCCACCCCUGGUGAAAACUGCGGGCUUCGCACAGGGUGCAGCAACUGGAGGCGGUGGUGCAUCCGGAGGAAGCUGCAGCUACCAGAGUCCAGAAUCCAGGACAGAACCCUUGGCACCAUGAACCCAGUCAUCGGCAUCGCUGUCCUGCUUUCAGUCUUGCAGAUGUCCCAAGGGCAGAAGGUGACCAGUCUGACAGCCUGCCUGGUGGAUCAGAACCUUCGUCUGGACUGUCGUUAUGAGAACAACAGCCUCUUGACCAUCCAGCAUGAAUUCAGCCUGACCCGAGAGAAAAAGAAGCAUGUGCUCGCAGGUACCCUCGGGGUACCUGAGCACACAUACCGCUCCCGGACCAACGUCAGCAGCCAGCACAACAUCAAGGUCCUUACCUUAGCCAACUUUACGAACAAGGAUGAGGGCACCUACACGUGUGAGCUUCGAGUCUCUGGCCAGAGUCCUCCCAUGAUCUCCAAUCAAAAUGUCUCUGUGCUCAGAGACAAGCUGGUGAAGUGUGAUGGCAUAAGCCUGCUGGUUCAGAACACCUCAUGGCUGCUGCUGCUCCUGAUCUCACUCUCCUUCUUCCAAGCCAUGGAUUUCAUUUCUCUGUGACGGGUUGGGUCCAUAGAGAAACAUGAAGCCUCCAGGCCCAGUACAGAGGUCCUGCUUCUCUGGGUCAGCUAACUUCCUUCCCAGCCCCUCAAAUACCUCUGGGAGAAACGGGGACCCUGUCCUUCAUGAGGAACCCCAGCGCUGCAUGCCAUCGCCCAUCCCCUUCUGACACUUCGCCCUCUCUGCACACCACUGGCUGACAUUCUAUACUCUUCAUUCCAGGGCUGCUUCUGUCUGUCUGUAUAAUGUUUCUCCUUUCUUUUCUCUGGGAUUUUAUGACAAGGAGGCCAGGACUGGGGACCCAAAGGAGCAUAAGGGUGUAUGAUGGGUGGCAGGACACCAGGCCCUGGAGGGGAGUUCCUCCUUGCCAACCAGGCCAAAUGCCUGAAAGAGACAUGAAGGAGUUGGAGUGUGCCUGUGUCUGGCACAGUCAUACUCUUGGUAAAAGUAUUGCCCAGUGGGCAGGGAGGGAACCUCAAGAUCUCAAGAUAUCAGGGGAUGCUUAGCCUUUGUGGCCCAUCCAAUGAGGAUGAGAACUGAGUCUAUACAAGAUCAUUCUCAGCUACCACAUACAAUCCCCCUCCUACCACUGAAGAAGUCCCCUGGGGCUCUCGAGCCAGGGCACAUUCAGUAAAGAUGCAGGUUCCACCAGAGAGUGUUGGGGAAAAAGAGGGGUAGGAGGCAAGGGAAUGUCACCUCUCCUGUCUCUAACUGCUACUGCCUGUAGUGAAAAGUAUGGCAGAGGAACUCUGCCUGCAGGAUCUGAGUCAGUCCAGGAAGGAGGGUUCUAGAGCCACCCUGCUGGCCCCAGCUUGCUAAGGGAGGUUCUUCGUUCUUUCCGUUGCCCCUCUGUGCCAGCCCCUCUGGCUGUCCCUGACCCCCCUCCCCAGACAACCAGAAUCGUGCACCCUGCCUCCUCUGGGACCUAGGGUGGGAAGCAGGUGGUGGAGAGAGACCCAGUGUGAACACCCACUUCCCCACUGGCAGCCCUGCCUGUCCUGUCUCUGUGUGUAAUGCCACCACAGCUUACAGCAUCUCACUGAGGGGGUUAAAAAAGCUGCACAAUAAAACCAAACCUCUGGAGUC